AUGAUUUCUGUCAAGUGCUUGGAUGGAAAAGGAAAAUGUAAAUGGUAUGCCUAUUGUGCCUUUAGGAGUAAUGUCAAUGCAUGGAAACUAAGAAAAGUGUUUGAUACUCACAGCUGUAGUAAGGAUUUCAAUGUAAAGUUGAUGACUUCUAAGUGGUUGAGUCAAAGGAUGGAGAAAUCUGUGAGAGAAAACCCAACUAUAAAGGUGAUGGACAUUAGGGAGAAAGUCACUAGGAAAUGGAAUGUAGGAAUAUCAAGAAAUAUGGCUUUUAGGAAAAGAGCCAUGGCAAAAGAUAAUAUUGAAGGAUCAUUCAAUGAACAAUUUAGAAGACUUUAUGGUUAUGGUCAUGAGCUCCUGAAAACAAAUCCAGGUACAACAGUUCAAAUUAAAGUUGAUAACAUUAAUGGUGAGGUCAUAUUCCAAAGAUUUUAUGCAUGCUUGAAGGCGUGCAAGGAUAACUUUGUUUGUUGUAGACCUAUUAUUGGAUUGGAUGGAUGCUUUUUGAAAGGCAAGUAUGGAGGGGAGUUACUAACAGCAGUGGGAAGAGAUGGAAACGAGCAAAUGUUGCCCAUAGCAUAUGUUGUUGUUGAGGUAGAAAACAAAGAGACGUGGACUUGGUUCUUGGAGCUUCUAAUUGAGGACCUUGGUGGAAAAGAUGUUUGUGCAGGAAUCACAUUUAUUUCAAACCAACACAAGGGUCUUUUAGCAACUUUUCAAGAUCUUCUACCUAGGGUAGAACAAAGAUCUUGUGUUAGACAUUUAUAUUCAAAUUUUAGAAAAACAUUUCCUAGAAAAAACCUUAAACGUCUCAUGUGGAGGGCAGCAAUAGCCACACAUCCACAAGAAUGGGAAGCUGAAAUGAGGAAUAUUAAAGCCAUAAAUGUAGACGCUUUAAAAUACUUGCUUGUCAUUCCACCUAGAUGGGCUGCCAACAGGACAAAGAUGACACAAUAUCAAGCUUUAGUCUGCCCUAAGGUUUGGAACAGAUUUCAGAAGGAGCCAUGGUUAGGUAGAUAUUGGUUACCAAGGUGGUCAAGAGAGAAAUUAUUUGAAGUUAUACAUAUUUCACAAUUUGGCCACCAAUUUGUUGUCAAUGUGGAGACCAUGGACUGCACAUGUAGAAAAUGGGCAAUUACUGGCAUUCCUUGCACGCAUGCCAUAACUGCAAUGAAAUUUCUGAACAUCAAUGCAGAAUAUUACAUUGGCCAUUGGUUUAGGAAGUCCACCUAUGAAAAGACUUACAACACCAUAAUUAACCCCAUCAAUGGUCAACAUAUCUGGGAGGUUACACCCUAUUAA